CCAACAACUUAUUUAUGCCACUUUUCAAUAUACCCUUCAGGCUCUGUAGUGUCCCCUGUCUCACGAUGGGUGCUGAUGUUUAUUCCCCCGAACAGGUUUCAACGCACAAUGAUGCCGCCGACCUUUGGAUCACAAUCGACCAAGAGGUGUAUGAUCUAUCGAACUUCAUUGAAGAACAUCCCGGCGGUGCUAAUAUUCUCUUAACGGUUGCGGGGAAGGAUGCAUCGAAGCUAUUUUAUUGUUAUCAUAGAAAGGCAAUAUUCAACCGGUUCAAAGAUCGGCUUUGUGUUGGAGUAUUGGGACGAUCUGCCAAAAGCGUGAUAGCCAAACGGUUCUUCUUUGGAAUACAAAUAGGGAUCCUCUGCAAGGAACGGAGGCGCUAGGAGAUGAAGGCAAUUAAGAUUAUUGUGAUAUAAAUUACAAAAG